AACACAAAUUUAGUGCAUAACACAAUACAAUUUUGUGCAAUAACACUAAGUUUCAACACCAUAUAAUAAUACAGUAAAUCUUUGGAGAGUGUUUGUUUGUCACUGUAUUACAAACAAAAUCAAAAUGAGGGCUAUUAUGAUGGUAUGCAUUGCUGCUUCCCUUAUCUCUGUUGCUUCUGCUAUUGCAGGAACUGCUACUUACUACAAUGUCUAUGUUCCCUCUGCAUGCUAUGGCUAUCAAGAUCAAGGGGUGAUGAUAGCUGCAGCAAGUGAUGCCCUAUGGAACAAUGGAGCUGCAUGUGGAAAAAUGUACAGUGUUAGUUGCACAGGAGCAACAAACCAAGGUGUGCCACAACCUUGCAAGAGUGGUAGUGUGACUGUGAAAAUUGUAGACCGAUGCCCCUCACCAGGAUGCCAAGCCACCAUUGAUCUCUCUCAAGAAGCUUUUUCCGCCAUUGCUGACACUGCAGCCGGGAAAAUCAACAUCGAUUACAAUCAGGUUUGAAGAUAUGGAGGAAUACUUUGAAGCUAUUAAGAAUAAAUUAUCUCUAUAAUAAUCUUGAAAUAAAUGUCAUCUCAUGGAAAUUGAGCAUUUUCCUUUUGUGAUGCUAAGAGUAUCAAUGUAAUAUCACGCAUUAGAAAAUAAUGUUGAAAUAAGUGUCAUCUCAUGAAAAUUGAGCAUUUUCUUUUUGUGACAAUAAGAGUAUCAAUGUAAUAUCACAUACUAGAAAAGAGUAACAAAAAAUAAUGUAAUAUCCAAUGCUAGAAAAAAUAUGUUAAUUAAUUUCAUCUUUGCACA